AGCCAGAGCGCGUCACAAGAAUCCAAUCGGCCCAAAAAAUACCGGUUCACACUACGGAGCAGAGAUCUACUCUUGAGGCAUUGAACUCCAAUAGAUUCUCUCGUGGCCCUCUUCUCUACACGCUUGAACUCUCAAUAUCUGCUUGCGUAAUACGAGAGCUUCCUACACCUCCUUCGGUCUUCCGGAUGACAACCUACGCUUGAUCGACGACGACGACGGCGGCUACAGAGACCAGCAAGCAAGAUGUUCUGCUUAAGGAGUUGGCUCCCCCUCCUCUUUAUUCCCACGAACGCCUCCCCCAUCUUCAUCUUCCUCUUCUUCAUCUGCACGUACUUCCUCAACCGUCCCUGCGUCUACUGUUCCUUCCUCCUCCUCAUCCUCUUCGCUUCCUCCUGCCACUGGUCCGACCACUGCUUUUUCGAUUUCAGCAGUAACUGGUUCGAGCCUCGUCUCCAGAGCGCCUUCACCAACCACUCUUCCUCUGCCGCUGCCGCCGCCGCAGCUGGCCCCAGAAAUCACACAUUAGAGCAAGUCGAGAUCUAUGUCGGGGCCGUGAAUAAUACAGCGGCGGCGCUGGCAGGCGCAGCGACGAGAAAGCUGGCGAGCUCGAGGGCCGAAUGGACGGGGAUUGGCGUCGAGUGGUUAAGGAGUCUGCUAGGGAAAAGGGAAUGGCGAUUACCGUGCGUGGAUGUUAACGUGCGGCUGUAGACAAGGGGUGCUGGUAAUGAUCAUGAUCGGGUGGUGGUUUCAUAAACAAGCAAGCAAGCAAGCAAGUAAGCAAGCAUGGCAUUCACGGGGUCAUGGGAUGGGGGCGUUCUAUACACACAGGAUGUUUUAU